UCAACGAAAAGCCAUUGAGUUUGGUGAAUCAAGACACACUAAGUAUUCUUCAAUGCUGAUGAGCCUCUUUGGUGAGGUGACCUUAAUCCUGUCCUGCCGCCUAAGGGUGGGCAGGGUGUACAGAACGCAACCUGGACUUCUGGACGCAGCCACCUACCGCCCCAGACUCGCCUACGCCUCUGGCCUCUGAGGGGUGCCUUAAGCCCAGGACAGAAAAGAGGAAGCAGUUCCCCUCUUUAAUCCGUAACCCAAUUUCUCGGGAAAAGCCGCGUUCCCACACAGAAAGCAGACCCUCCAAAGCUGCAGCGUGGCUACCGCGCACGCGGGAGCUUCACAAAUUCCCAAAGCAUCUAGCGGAAGUUUAGACUGUUCACUAGGGGUCACGUGGGCCACUUCGGGUACAGCGGGCAAACAGUUCAUUUCAGUUUGAAAGUAACUUUGAAACUCGGAAAUUGUACUCCAUGGUCUUUCAGUUCAUAAGCGUAGACACCGGCUACUGAAAUUGGAAUCGUUAUCUUCUUGCCUCGGCCCCAACUAGUAGACUAGGACCAGAAGACAUCCAACCACAACCUACCGGAGCUUCACACAGGCACAGCAGACCAAGUCCACCAACUGCGCCUGCGAGAACCGGCCGCGCCUGCGAGAACCGCCUGUUCCCGCGAGAUCGCAGGAACGCGGAGAGAAAGGGCAGGACCCCGCCGCGUAGGGCGGAGUUAAAGGCUCGUCGCGCCUGCGCAAAAGGCCGGAGGACGCGCUGCGUCGUUACUUUUGAAACGCUUGGCGGGGAAUUGUUAAGGAGCCGCUGCGGUCGCUGUCCGCGGAGUGGAAGCGCGUGCGUUUGCUUGUGUCCGUGGCCAUGGCGCUGCAGCUCUCCCGGGAACAGGGAAUCACUCUGCGCGGGAGCGCCGAAAUCGUGGCCGAGUUCUUCUCAUUUGGCAUCAACAGCAUUUUAUAUCAACGUGGCAUAUAUCCAUCUGAAACCUUUACUCGAGUGCAGAAAUAUGGACUCACCUUGCUUGUAACUACUGAUCUUGAGCUCAUAAAAUACCUAAAUAAUGUGGUGGAACAACUAAAAGAUUGGUUAUACAAGUGUUCAGUUCAGAAGCUGGUUGUAGUUAUCUCAAACAUUGAAAGUGGUGAGGUCCUAGAAAGAUGGCAAUUUGAUAUUGAGUGUGACAAGACUGCAAAAGAUGACAGUGCACCCAGAGAAAAGUCUCAAAAAGCUAUCCAGGAUGAAAUCCGUUCAGUGAUCAGACAGAUCACGGCUACAGUGACAUUUCUGCCACUGUUGGAAGUUUCUUGUUCGUUUGAUCUGCUGAUUUAUACAGACAAGGAUUUGGUUGUACCUGAAAAAUGGGAAGAGUCAGGACCACAGUUUAUUACCAAUUCUGAGGAAGUCCGCCUUCGUUCAUUUACUACUACAAUCCACAAAGUAAAUAGCAUGGUGGCCUACAAAAUUCCUGUCAAUGACUGAGAAUGAAAUGAGGAAAAUAAUGUAAUUGUUAUUUUGAAAUGUGGUUUUCCUGAGAUCAAGUCAUCUAUAGUUGAUACAUUUUAUUUCAUUGGUUAAUUUUGGCAUGGAGAAAACCGAAAUUAUACUUACUGAACUGUGUGUAAUUGUUUUUCUUUUAUUUUUUGGUACCUAUUUGAGUUACCAUGGAGUUAGCAUCAUGAGCAUGUUGCACAUUGUUCAAAAGGAACCAGGAUUUUUUUGGUCAACAUUGUAAUGUAAAUUCCUUUGAAGAUAGUAACUGUAGAUGGAAAAACUUGGGCUAUAAAGCUAAAUGCUUUCCUACAUCAGAUGUUUUGGUCAAGUAGCUUGACUCGGUAUAGGUAAGGAGAUAUUUAAAUAUAAGAUACAGCAAAGGAAGUCUAUUUAGAAGCUUUGUUAAGAUCCUGAAAGUAAUAAUCUAUAAACAAUGAAAUAUUGCUCUGUUAGGUUCUUUUGACAUUUUUUUCAUGUAUAGUUUUCCCUGUUUUUGAAUCAAUUUCCAAUUAUUUGACUUUAAUUUAUAUAACUUGAACCUAUGAAGCAAUGGAUAUUUGUACUGUUCAAUGUUCUGUUAUGCAGAACUCCUAAAAAUGUUUUUGUGUGUGUGUGUGUGUGUGUGUGUGUUUGUUUUAUAAAAUCAAGGUUUAAGUGAAAGCAAGGAAAUAAAGUUGUUUGUUUUAAAUUUGUCUUAAAA